AUGUGUCUUCUGUCAAAAGGACUGACGGUCGCACAUUGUCUAGAAGCCAGUUCGCCGAUCCGUCUGAGGCCUACAGUGCUUCUCAACAAGAUGCUCCUCCACCAGGGUCUUGCAGGUUGUGAGCCUAUCCCUCGGCGUCGGGCGUGCAUGGGACUGAAUCUCUAUUCGCCCUCUGUGGUAUGUGGUGCGUUCGACACUUUCACUCGAGUAGGUGUCCUGUUCACUGAGCUGCUCCAUCAAAUCAGCGGUUCGAUAGCCUGUGAUGCCUUUGGAUGCUUGUCACUUUGCGCACUCUCCUCGUGGCUUGUUGGCAUCGGCUCCCCUGCGAAGGAAAUGUCCAGGAAAAUCUCGAGGAGAUGGAUACGAGAGAAUUAUGAAGAUCGGCAGAGACCUUACUCCUCUCUGCCGUACCCUUCACUCAGAGACUGGCAACGGAUCCCACAAUGGUCCGGCAACUUAGAUGGACGUGAAGCCAUGUUCAAGACGGAUAACGACUACCUACAUAACCGGGAUGAUCCGGUUUGCCGAAGAGACAGCUCGUACCGACGGCAGCAAAUACAGAUUAUUGAAGAUUUCACGCAGAUGGACUGUAUGAGUGAGGAUCGUCGGUGGAACGGUCCUCCCAUAACUGUACCUGGCCAGGUCAGUUGUUCCUUCUCUACUAUUGAUGGAUACCUUGAAUCUCGCCAUCUCCAUGGCUCAGGCUCAGACUUCUCUCGGUAUAAUCUCAUUCUGAGCAGUUGA